AUGCCAAUCCCAAUCUCUGACCAGCCGAAGGAGCCUCCUAAGGAGGCUCCCAAAGACACCCGCAGCGAGCACAUCAAGGGUCUCGUGGCCAACUUGUGGCGUUCUCGCGAGGACGGAGACUUUGUCUUCAACUGCUCGGGCUGCAGCAUCCGCGCCCACGGCUGCAUCCUGUCCGCCGCGUCCCCCGUGUUCAAGGCCAUGCUGGCGAGCGGCAUGGCCGAGGGCCUCUCCUCCUCCAUGGCGGUGGAUGCGGAGCCGGCGGAGCUCUUGGCCAUGCUGCGGUUCGUCUACCUGGGCGAGCUGGACGCCACGGGGCAGCAGCUCCCCGGCGUGCUGGCGCUGGCACACCGCUACGAGGUGCUGGACCUCAUUCCUCCGAUUUGUGAAGCGAUGAUUGAGAACCUCUGCGAAGAUACGGUGGUGUCCUAUGUACGUGUUCUCCGACUGCUGGAGAGUGCUCCUUAUGACUCAAACGUCAGUGACAGUGACGCCGCAAAAAUCAGCGACGAUGCGGCGCAAGCUUGGAUGGCACUCCCUGCCACUGGGAGCCCGCCGAGUAUUCCUCCAGCUGCUCGCGUCACCUGCACGGGCCUGUCGCGGCCCACUGAGGCGGAUUCCAAUGAAUCCAAUGAACGCCUGCUUCCUCGAGCGAAAGAAGGGCCGCCCACGGCAAGUUCGCCAGCUGCGUGCCGUGAGGAAAGCAAGGUGGAGUUGUCGCCGAUAGCGAAAGCCUUUGCUGCCGUGGGGCGAAAGAUUGCUGGAAGUUCUGACCUGCUGAUGGCGACUCUGAGAUCCCUGUGA